AACGCUUUUGCCCUGAUGUUUAGCAUUGUAGAUGAAAACUUCAGCUGGUAUCUUGAUGAGAAUAUAAACACCUUCUGUUUAGAACCAACCACAGUGGACAAAGAGGAUGAAGGUUUCCAGACCAGCAACCGAAUGCACGCUAUUAAUGGAUAUAUUUAUGGCAAUCUCCCUGGCUUGGAAAUGUGUGCCAACGAUCCCAUGUCUUGGCACUUGUUUGGAAUGGGAAGUGAGAUAGAUAUCCAUGCUGCAUACUUCUACGGCCACACAUUCACCAACAGAGGCCAGAGGGCAGAUGUCGUCGGGCUGUUCCCAGCAACGUUCAUCACAGCAGAGAUGACUCCUGGGAAUCCUGGGAGGUGGCUGAUAACUUGUCAGGUCAAUGAACAUUUACGAGGUGGCAUGGAGGCAUUGUAUGAUGUUCAGAUCUGUCAGAAAAACCUCUCUCGGCCUACACCACUCAGCCACAAAAGACUAUACUAUAUUGCUGCUGAAGAAGUGCUCUGGAAUUAUGGACCUGACGGUUACGAUAAAUUCACUGGGCAGGGUUUAAAUGCCACUGGAAGCGAAUCUGCAAUAUAUUUUACCCAAGGAACUGAGAGAAUAGGAGGGCAGUACUGGAAAGUUCAAUAUGUGGAAUAUACUGAUGCAACCUUCAGAAAAAGGAAGAGGCGGUCAGAGGAACUGAAGCACCUGGGAAUACUUGGUCCUGUUAUAAAAGCUGAAGUGGGAGAUACAGUGCUGGUUACCUUUGCCAACAAAGCUAAGAGGAACUAUAGCAUUAUGGCCCAUGGUGUGAGCUACAGCAAGCUGUCAGAAGGUGCUCCAUAUUUAGACGGAUACCCAAAGCCGGGAGCCCAUGUUAAACCAGGGGAGAUGUUUACAUACAAAUGGAGAGUGCCUGAAAAUGGAGGCCCGACAGAGAGUGACCCACCAUGCCUGACCUAUCUGUACUACUCAGCAACUGAUGCCGUCAAGGACACUAACUCUGGCCUGGUGGGACCUUUGUUGGUGUGUCGGAAAAACACACUGAACCCUGAUGGGACGCAGAAAGGAAUGGACAGAGAAUUUUACCUGCUCUUUUCAAUCUUUGAUGAGAAUGAUAGCUGGUAUCUGAACAAAAAUAUCGAAGCCUUUACUGGUGACCCUUCAAAAGUAGACAAAGACAAUGAAGAUUUCAAAGAAUCCAACAAAAUGCAUGCUGUCAACGGAUACUUGUUUGGUAAUCUGCCAGGCUUGGCCAUGUGCAAGGACGACAAGGUUUCUUGGCAUCUCAUUGGGCUGGGCAGUCACUACGACAUGCAUGGAGUUCAUUUCCAAGGAAACACCAUUGACUUGAGAGGGACCACAAGGGAUGGCCUGGCCUUGUUUCCCCAUUUAUCAGGAACGGCGCUGAUGCAGCCGGACCGCGUGGGUACAUUCAGUGUGGUCUGCAGGACUUUUGAUCACUUURUUGGUGGAAUGAAACAUCUUUAUGAAGUUAGCAGCUGUCGCAAUAGCACUCCAGGCAAGCAGCAGUACGGUGGUGUGAGGCUGUACUACAUCGCUGCCGAGGAGGUGGAAUGGGACUACGCAUCCAAUAAGAGCUCGGCACCCAACAUUUACAACAUAAGCAGCAAUGAGGAAAGCUAUGGGCAUGUUUUCCUGAGCCAAGCAGAAGACCUCAUUGGUGCCAAAUACAAGAAGGUGGUUUACAGGGAGUACACAAACGGCAACUUCACCCAGCGCAAAGUGAGGACCAAGGAGGAGGAACAUUUGGAAAUCCUGGGCCCACUGCUGCGUGCAGAGGUCGGUGACUCUGUAUUGAUCAUAUUUAAGAAUAAAGCUAGUCGGCCUUAUUCAAUAACGGCACAUGGUAUAGAAGAAGUGGGUUGUGAAGAACAAUCUGAGACACCAAUUACCCUACCAGGGGAAAUAAAUACCUACAGGUGGAACGUCCCAGAAAGAUCAGGCCCAGGGAAAACAGAUCCAAACUGUAUCACUUGGGUUUACUAUUCAACAGCGAAUUUUGUAAAGGACACAUACAGUGGUCUGAUCGGGCCUCUYGUAGUUUGCAGAAAAGGAAUUCUAAAUGAAAAAGGUCUCAGGAAAGACAUUGACCGUGAAUUUACGCUUCUAUUUAUGGUGUUCGAUGAAAAUAAAUCCUGGUAUUUGAAAGAAAACAUUGAAACAUACCUUCAUAAGAAUCCUAAUGAUUUUAAUUACACAGAGAACUUCGUGGAAGGCAACUGCAUGCACGCAAUCAAUGGGAAGAUCUAUAACACCCUCCUGGGUCUAACAAUGAAUGAAGGUGACACAACGAAUUGGUAUCUGAUAGGAAUGGGCAAUGAAGUUGAUAUACACACAGUCCAUUUCCACGCCCAGACCUUCAUCUUCAAGACAGAUAAGGACCACAGAGCAGAUGUGUACGACCUUUUUCCUGGGACUUUCCAGACAGUUGAACUUAUAGCAGAAAACCCUGGAACGUGGCUUCUGCACUGUCACGUAGCCGACCACAUCCACGCUGGCAUGGAAACAACCUACACCAUCAAUAAAUCAGAGCAUAAAGCUCCUUUAGAAGGAGGACUCACAACUGCCACUUAUGAUACUAUUACUACAGAAAACAGGACCACUAAAGAGGGUUAUGACAGAGAAGGACUCAGUCUUUUUGGCAAAACUUGGAGUCUCGGAGAAGCCAGCUUGAUAUUCACAGCCCUUUUCUUCAUUGGACUUGUCCUACUGACAACAAUAUUAAUCUUCUUCUGCCUCCUCACGCGCCAGGACAGCAAGAUCUACUACAGCGCCAUGCAGGACAAGAGCCCGCUGCUGGCGGACUGCCUGUAAAUCCCCSCUCCAGCAUCAUCCACAGAGCUGCACCGGAUUUCCUCGAAUGCUGCUAAUAAAACCGAAGCGAGACGUUCAUCGACGGUCCUGUCCUGAAGCCAGYGCUCACGAGAGCCAGCGUGAGCCGCAGGGUUAA